GCCGGUGUGGCGUCUGGGCUGAGCCGGGCGGGGAGAAGCUUCCGUGUGUGAGGCCGGUGUCCGGAGAGGAGGCAGCAUGGAGGACCAGGGCUGCCCCCGCUGUAAGACCACCAAGUACCGGAACCCCUCGUUGAAGCUGAUGGUGAAUGUGUGCGGCCACACGCUAUGUGAAAGUUGUGUGGAUCUGCUGUUUGUGAGAGGAGCUGGGAACUGUCCCGAGUGUGGCACUCCGCUGAGGAAGAGCAACUUCCGGGUGCAGCUCUUCGAAGAUCCCGCCGUCGACAAGGAGGUCGAGAUUCGGAAAAAGGUGCUAAAGAUAUACAAUAAAAGGGAAGAAGACUUUCCUAGUCUAAGAGAAUACAAUGAUUUCCUUGAAGAAGUGGAGGAAAUUGUAUUCAACUUAACCAACAAUGUGGAUUUGGACAACACCAAAAAGAAAAUGGAGAAGUACCAAAAGGAAAACAAAGAUGUCAUUCAGAAAAAUAAGCUAAAACUGACUCGGGAACAGGAAGAGUUGGAAGAAGCGUUAGAGGUAGAACGACAGGAAAAUGAGCAGAGACGCCUCUUCGUGCAGAAGGAAGAACAGCUGCAGCAGAUCCUGAAGAGGAAGAACAAGCAGGCGUUUCUGGAUGACUUGGAGAGUUCCGAUCUUCCCGUGGCGCUGCUCCUGGCCCAGCAUAAAGACAGAUCGACACAGCUGGAGAUGCAGCUGGAGAAGCCGAAGCCUGUCAAGCCAGUGACAUUUUCCACAGGCAUCAAGAUGAGUCAACAUAUUUCAUUGGCACCUAUUCAGAAGCUUGAAGAAGCUCUGUAUGAAUACCAGCCCCUGCCAAUAGAGACAUGUGGACCGCCGGUUCCUGAGAUUGAAUUGCUAGGAAGACUUGGGUAUUUAAGCCACGUCCGGGCUGCCUCUCCGCAAGACCUCGCUGGUGGCUACACUUCGUCCCUCGCCUGUCACAGAGCCCUGCAGGAUGCUUUCAGUGGGCUUUUCUGGCAGCCCAGUUGACCUGCAUUUCUCCCUUGGAGCUGAACCAGGGAGCCAGAAAUGUAAAGCAGACUUGUAAGCUUAUACCAUGUGCAGCUGCACAAGAGUAGUAUCAGCAGCAGCUGUGUUAAACUAUUUAUAAAGAGAAGUGCAGAGCUAAGCCGAGAAGUACUGGGGAAACAUAUUUGUGGGAAAGAUUUAUUUUCUACUCAUUUUUCUGAGAGGGAUCGGUAUACAGUAAGACUUAUCUGAUAGGAGACAAGAAUAAUUCACCUAUGUAUGUCUGAGGUUGACAGACUUGUAAAAAUCUUUUUAAAAAUAAAGCUAGACUUUAUGUAA